AUGAAUACCAAAGACAGAACACAAAAUACACACCUAUUAGGCCCAGCUAUUUCCAGACAGCUGAUCUUACGAUCAAGCAAAAAGUCAAUCGAUUAUCAGAAAAGCGUUGACCAGCAGCUAGCGAAGAAUCAACUAGAGUGCGACCAUGAUCUCGAAGAAAAUUCUGUCAGCAUCAAAGUGGGACAAGGCUCUAACAUCACGGAGUUCAUAGUACCUAAACGUCCUCUAUGUUCAAAGAUAUCUUUCUUCGAUGCCAUGUUUAACCACGAAUGGCUUGAGACAAGCACACAGUCAUGUACUCUACCGGAUGACGAUCCCGAAGCUUUCUCAAUCCUCAUGCAUUGGGUAUUCGAUGUCACUCAUGAUGCACCGGUAACUUUCACCGUCGAGGGACUCCCGAUUCACUCAAAACCCUUCAUGGACCCUGCAAUAAUGGCCGACAAGUACCUCGUUGAUGAUCUACCGGAUAUUAUUGAGACAAGAUUGGUUCAGAAGGAUAUGACUAGACUAAACGAUCCCAGUCAUGGAUUACCCACAGCACCAUGGUACAGAUUAGCAUUGGAGCUACUACCCCGAGCCUCGAUCCUCCGAAGGUAUUUCGGUUCCCUGAAUGAGUCUGGCUAUAAAUUCAUAUAUCGCAAUGGUAUACUAGUGGAACCGAAGACUCUCGAGGUAACUAUAGAAAUACUUAGAGAAUGGGCGGAAACCUGUGCAGGUCGGAAAGACAUCAGCCAAGAAUUAGAAAAGUUCCGUACUUUCAGAUAUGCGAGAGACAGGCAUUCGUCUGGCCGCAUAUGUCCAAGUCUCUCGUGGAUAUUCCGUGGACUGUGUGAUUAUCGAGACUUCUUCUUCUGUUCGGCAUUCAUGUUGGAUGAAGACAUCCUGCGCCACUUUCGGCGUACCGAACCCAGAAUGUCGCAAAUAGGGUAUCUACACAUGCACAUUCAUCGAUGA